AUGAAGAGAGAGGAUCCACCCCGCCGCCAAAACGUGAAGCACGCCGUCCAUGUCGGCUGCUGUGCUCGUUGGCGCGCCCCUUGUGGGCUGGAGCUGCCUGCCAGGUGCGAGCCCGAGCACGGGAUUGUCGCGCCGCGCUGCCUGUGUUCCGCGCUUCCGCACCCUGUGCACAUGUGCUCGCUCGCUCGCGCGACUCGAUCCUGCGCAGGCCGGCAGCCCGGAGGCGACAAAGCAACGAGCGCUGGGGCCUUGUCGGCGCACGCCCCCUCGGCCCCCAUCCUUCAUCAAAGCCCGUCAUUUUGGCAGACUCAUGGAAAGCCUGACCCUCAGACGAUUGCUGCCGUCAGCCAUGAGAUGGCCAGAGGUGCCACUCGCAGACUUGGACGCGAAUCUCGGCGACAGCGAGCGCCGUCGAGUCGCCCGACGACAGCUGUGCCGUUGUGCAUGAAUUGA